AUGGGGAGAAUAAAGAAGGUGGCGGGCCUCAAACAUGGGGCUACAAUCCUUCCCCGCCAAAAUCAUGUUGAUACCGGCUGGGGGCCGCAGACGAAGCCAUUUGGCCGUUUGGUUCUUCAUGACACAUGUGUCUCCAGCGGUAUUGCAUCGACGGCCGAGGCAUGUGAAGCACAUCUCGACAAACUUGGCUUUGGGCCUGAGGGAGAUCGAGAGCUGGUCGAAGCGCUCUUAUCAUUUUCAAGGCUCCUGCUGGAGAAAUGUGGCAAUCGGAGCCUAUACAAUAGCAGCGAUCGCUUGAAUGACCUUUUGAAUACGACCUCACUUCCCCUUCUGCAGAACGUUCUCCGCCUCGGUGUCAGCUUAGCCCAACGUACCCAUUUUCACCAGAGUUUACUGGCAACACACUACAAUAUUGAAUUGGAGCGCGUCCAAAAGCUUGCUGCGCCGUUUCCUAAACCUGCCCCUGCCAAGGUAACUGAUACCUCGUCCGCUAGCGUUAAGGGAAAAGAAAAGGCUAUUCAGGCCCAGACUGACCGUCGUGGUUCCGUCACCAAAUGUAAUGCGAACGAUCUAAUUGCCCUUACUAAAGGCCUCUCUGAUACAGAACCCAAUGGGUUCGCAGCUCAUGAUUGGGAGGAAUGGGCUAACGUUAACAUGUCGUAUUACUCACCCUCUCCGGAUGCUGCCGAGGAUGCCGCUCCAGCAGGAGCCGGCGCCAUCCCGCAUCCUCCAGCGACCCCAACCCCCUUGCGUAGAUCUUCUACUCACCCCAGCUCAAGAUUGAGUAGAAGUUCCGUAACGGAUGAUUCACCAACGGCGCCGCCCACCAGCUCGCCCACCAGUAAAUACGACGAAACAAAUAGAGGAGUUAAAGUUCUGCAUAUCCCAAGCUCUACGAUUGUAUCCAUGAGCAUAGAGGCGGUUUUGCAAGCGCACUUAGAGGAGCUUCCAAACGAUGCUUCGAAGUAUGAAUUGCUGCAACGACUUCGUGUUGCUUAUGCUGUUGCAACAUCCCCUGAGACCAGGCGUCAAAUUCUUGGUGCUAGAGUCCUUGCGAUCACGAACUUGGCAUAUAUUUAUCCAGAAACUCUCUUCCAGCAAAAGGUGCUUAACCAUGAUUCCGAUAUACCGAAACACCUGCAACUUGCCUACCAGCUUGCCGAAUUUGUGCAUCUUGGUGUCGCCGGUGACAUUACAGCCUCAACACUGAACCAGACUUUCGCACUCAACUGUCUUGACGCACUGGCAAAACAUAAAUCCCGAUCUGCGGAUGUUUGUGCGGCUCUUAGCGUUAACGUUAACCACGGAAUCCUUAUGUUCCUCACGCGGAAGGCUGUUGCGGACUUGGCCGUCGAGGAGAAGCCGGACGACCCACCGGAAGGCGAUGACUGGAGAGAGGCUCUAUUUGCACUUCUUAGAACUCUUCCGAAUGCUGGUACGAGAACGCCAGAGACUCUUGUGGCAGCUGGAUUGAUUCCUUUGUUUGUCGAUAUCUUGAACCUCAGGACGGAGAAAGCAAGAAAAAUUUAUCCUCGGGUCAUGGAAUUCUUGGAUACAUUUGUUCACUCUGUUCGGGAUGCAUUGGCAACAUUGGCUGGAGCCAAAGGUUUCCAUGCCAUUUCAGAUCUGAUCUCUUUCGAGACGAAGACGUCAUUUGAUGCUGUGGCGAAGGACCAGGGAAUUCCAGCGCCGUUUAGGACUGCCGCCAUCGAUUACCAGAUUCCAUAUUUCCAGCAGCAAUCCUUGAGGUGGCUGUUCAAGUUCGUCAACCAUGUAAUGCAACAUAACAGCGGCGGAUUUGAGCGCCUUCUUCGAAAUCUUAUCGAUUCGCCUCCACUUCUCACUGCCCUUCGCUUGGUCCUGGAAAACUCUCGUGUCUACGGUUCUCAUGUGUGGAGUGGUGCAGUAAACAUUUUGAGCCAUUUCAUCCAUAAUGAACCUACUAGUUAUGCCGUUAUUGCUGAAGCCGGGUUGAGCAAAAGCCUUCUCGAAGCAGUGAUUGGCCGGCCCAUGCCAGGUGAUACAACAGAAGCCAUUACUGCCACUACUGAUGAUGACCAUCAUGCUCCAACUGAAUCACAACCUCUGUUUAUUCCAGCGUGUGCGGAGGCCAGCGAUCGCGAGACUCUCAGGUCUAAGAUUAUUAGGCCAUCUGGUCCUAAACUGGCUGAAGGAAUCUUGCCUUCGACGGAAGCUAUUGUGUGUAUCCCGCAAGCGUUUGGGGCCAUCUGUCUGAACCAAGGAGGCCUAGAGUUAUUCCGAAAGUCGGAUGCUCUCGAAAGCUUUUUCGAGAUAUUCGAAAGUCCAGAGCAUGUGAAAUGCAUGAAGAAUGAUUCGAAUCUUGUUCGCGUCCUGGGUAACUCUUUUGACGAGCUCGUUCGACAUCACCCUCCUUUAAAGACUGCGGUCAUGAGUUCCGUUUUGGUCAUGGUCGCCCGUGUAGUCCAAUAUUGCAAAUCAAAAGCAUGGGAAUGUGGACUUGGAGCUAAGCUUUGGACCGAAGGAGAAGAUAGAAAGCUUUCCAUUGCCGGAGGCGACUCUUCCUCGCUCGCAGACAUUGGCUUUGCGUUCACUUAUCCCAUCGAUAACCAGCAAUCCCAUUCAAGAGUAGAGUCGGCUGAUACUGAGAUGAAGACUGUCCCGACAACUUCUCAGGAUGGAAACCCUUUGACACCGAAGAUGGAGAACUUUGAUUUGAAGGACCUUGAUAGCCACGGUCUAUCUGUUGCCAGCUACAUGUUCCCGGCUGUGAGGUUCCUGCAUGCCUUUUUCGAGAACCACACUAUCUGUGCAAGUUUUAUCGAGGCUGGUGGGGUUGAGUAUGUCCUCGAUUUUGCCACCCUCCAAAGCCUGCCAUUUGACUUCUAUAAUACGGAGGCGAGCCAACAGCUGGCACAAGUGAUCCAUUUAAUGGUCGAGGUCAAACCACACCUUGUGCUUCCUUCCCUUUUGAAACGAACUCAGGAUGCCGUUGAUUGCUUAGCUCCCUUUUGGCGACAAUCUAGUGCCACUGGGUUUUUCGCUCCUUUGACAAACCCGUCGAAGAAGGCGGAAAAUACUGCUGAGAGCCCAGAGUCCGAAGAUGUGAAGGUCAAGGGAACCUAUUUCGUAAAACAUCUCGUCGCUGUCCAUACUCUUACGGAUAUCCUCCGCGAAGCAUAUACGCCGCCAAUCUACCCGACCCGGCCUAGUCAGCAGACAUCUCCGUUUGUCCAGGUAAACUUAGCCGAUAAAUAUGUUGCUCUUGUCAAACAACUUGGGUCCUUGCAUUCAGCUUGCGUCUGGGAAGAAAUAUUGCUACAGAAGGAUAUGCCAGAAUCUUGGAAUGAAGCGACUAGAGUCCCUGGAUAUGGGCUUGGUGCAGAGGAAGGAAGUGAACCACCGAGUACUAUGCCUACAGAUGAUGUAUCUGAGCCUGGUGAUGUGGCUGCUGAAGUCGCAACCGGGUCAACUGCGUCUGGGGCGGGUCCUGCCCGUGAACCUGCCGAUAGUGAGAUGAGAUCGCGAACCGCGGUUACCCAAACCUCUGUUGGUUUAGAGAAGAGCGCGGCAUUCAAAAACGUAAAAACUCUCCGUUACCUGCUCAGUUCUCUGCCCUCCUCUAUAACUGGCUUCUUCCAUCUAUUGGGCCAUGGACUUAUCAGCAAACGACGAAUGGAUACUUAUCAACGACAAAAGGCUGGCACCGUUGCAGAUGCGAUUGCAUCGAUGAUCCUAGAAAAACUGAAUCUUGAUGCACCUAAGAAAACCUCUUGUGUAAAAGACCGGUUUUCGUAUCUCAUAGUCAUAUUGUCCUCGUUUUCUCAGCUGUUAUUUGAUACUACAGCUGAGCGCCCUCAUUCCCAUUGCCUCACAAUGAUUCUAUCGGCUUUCAAGAAGUUGAAUGGGAUCCAAGCAAUGAAAGACUUGUGUGGUUUAUUCUUGAAUGAGAUCAGAACCCUUGAUCCCCAAGCGCAGGAGAAUAGGACUAAAGACGUUCCUGCACGCCUUGCUUCUGCUUACGGGGGGAUUAAAAUUAUUCUUAAUUUCUUUUCUGAAAUGACAUCCGCCCAAUAUAUUAUCGACUCAGCGCAAACGCAGGCAAUGGCCAGUGCCAGCGGGGACAGAGAUCGUCCUGACUAUUUCCUUCCAGCCCAGUUCUUGGUCGAACUCCGAAUGGAAGUCAUACCAAUGGCGCAAGAAAUGUGGAGUUCUGGGUUCGUCGCAGAGGCAUCUAGUUCUAUCCUAAAAUCUCUGAUUGAUAUUCUCCGAUCUGUCCUUGAAGGGGAAUAUGAAACGGGAGCCUUCCGUCGCGGUGAAAGCCUUCCUGCUGUUUCUGCACUUACUCCCAAAACCUUUACUUGCCAUAGAGAGCGUCUGUCCACGCUCAAAGAGAAUGGCCAUGACGAAAAUCUCGCCCGAGAAGCUCUCUACCGCUGUAAUAACUCAGCGUCCGCUUCUGAAGAAUACUGUAUCAGCCAACGGGCUCUCCGCCCACCACCUAGGAGCCCAGUUCCUUCACAUGACCUAGAGCAGGUUACAAGCAGUAGUAGUCCUUCGCUCCGCUCCAGCAUCUUUGGAAAUCUUGGUAGCUCGCAACCGCAGUCUGACAGCGGCCAGGUUUUGGCUUCUACGCCGGCCGAUAUCGCGUCAUUGCUUGGUCACCUCGCCCAACCAAAUCUGGGCGUAGAGGAAAGCGGUACAAACCAAGCAGAGAGUCGGCCGCCUCCUAGUCAAGGUGCGCAGAGCGGCGAUCAAUCAAGUACUAGCGGCCUUCUCGCAAUGAGCAUCGAUAAUAUCCUUAAUGACCAGGAAGAGUCCCCAAGUGAAGAGAGGAUCGCACCUGCUCAGCGUACGGAGAGUGGUGCUCGACCUCCAUCGACUGCUCAACCGGCUCCUCCAAAGAGGCAAGAAGUGGUUACCGUUGAAGACUUGGACAGUGAGCGUGAUAAGGUCCGGAGCAACCUCAUUGAACGAUGUUUAGAUGUGUUAAAUGUCCAUCAUGACGUAACUUUUGAGCUCGCUGAUCUUAUUGGGUCUGCCACCACCAAGCUCCCUGAUCCUGUCAAUUUCCGUCGGGAGGUUGGCGAAACGUUGAUGCAUUUCUUGAUUUCUCUCCAGAUGGAAGAGAAUUUCCAGUCAGCCGGAAAGAAAAUAGCGGCAUACGCUGGCUUGUUAGCUUUGGUCCUGCAAGAUAAGGAUGUGUACGAAGCUACUCUUGAAGAGUUGAAGGAAAAUUUUUCGAAUCUGUUUGGCUUUAUUAAAAUCCCUCCUGCCUCCUCUGAGAAACCUACCGAGGAAUCGUGCCCCUGGAUUCCGCAAGUCUUGCUCAUUCUUGAAAGAGUCCUUUCGGAUGACGUAACACCGCCAUUAAUUCGGUGGAACCCCCCAAGUUCUGAUGGGUCUGUCGGACCAGAGGAGCCGGCAGAACUAGAGGAACCUGUUAUCCCAUUUUCUGACAAGAUGGAGCUGUUUGAGACAAUGGUCGAUAUUCUCCCUCGGAUUGGGAAGGACGAAACACUGGCGCUGUCUGUUUCCCGCAUCCUCGUCAUUUUGACCCGUGAAAGGGAAAUUGCUGUUCGACUAGGAGAAAAGCGCAAUCUCCAACGCCUGUUUGUCAUGAUUAAGCAAUUGGCUAGCGGUUCGGACGACAGACUUCAGAAUACGUUCAUGCUCAUCUUGAGACAUAUCAUUGAGGAUAAUGACACCAUUCGACAAAUAAUGAGAAGCGAAAUUGUUGCUGGUUUCGAAAGUCGAUCCCCACGGCAGACGGACACCACGGGCUAUGUACGCCAAUUCGCGCACCUUAUUUUGAGAAACCCGACACUGUUUGUGGAAGUUACGAAUGAAAAAUUAAAGUUGCAGCGAUACGACACACACCAACGACCUCAACUCUUGGUUCUCAAGUCGGAAGUAAACGAUACAGUUUCACGGCAAGAUCAAAACUCUUCUAGCCAAGAGGACAAUCAAACUGCGGAUAAGCCAGACUCUAUCGAACCUCAUACCGAACCUCAAGAUGGACAGCAAACUGAGAGCAAGGACGGCAAGGAGGACAGAGAUGGCAAGGAUAAGUGCAAAUCAACAGAGCUCAAGGCUCCUGUUGUUGAAAAUCCUGAUGGCGUGAUCCAUUAUUUGCUCUCUGAAUUACUUUCUUAUCGCGAUGUGGACGACAAGGAGCCAACCGUGGAGUCUUCAGAGAAGUCAACGAGUCGCAUAGAGUCUCAAAGCGAUGUUGAAAUGGCAAGCGGACCGGCGUCGCCUACUUCAUCCAUUUCGGGAACUCAGACUACAAAGCCCCCCAAGAAGGCUGAGAAACCUCAAUUUAAGGCAGACGAACACCCGAUCUACGUUUACCGCUGUUUCCUAUUGCAGUGCUUAACAGAGCUAUUGUCCUCGUAUAACCGCACCAAAGUGGAGUUCAUCAACUUUUCGCGCAAAGCCGAUCCUUUCGCCACAACGCCUUCGAAGCCGCGUUCUGGCAUUUUGAACUAUUUGCUGAACUCGCUCGUUCCCAUUGGGACGUUGGAGCAUGGGGAAUCUAUCGCUUUCAAAAAGCGGGUCAACACUUCUAACUGGGCGAUGCGCGUGAUUGUAGCCCUCUGCACCAAGACGGGGGAAUUUGGUGUUCCAUCCAGGCGUCGCACCAUUCCGAAUGAUGACAACGAACCUGAACUCCUUUUUGUCCGCAAGUUUGUUCUCGAACAUGCCCUGAAAUCAUACAAAGAUGCUAAUGCGUCGAAUGAACCUCUUGAUGCAAAAUACGCACGACUUCUUAGUUUAGCCGACCUGUUUGAUAAGAUGCUCUCCGGAGGCACAAAUGGAGAUGGCACCACACAUUUCCCUUCGUCUACUCGCCAGGUUGCGAAAACUAUGUUUGAAAAGAAUUUUAUUUCAGCCUUCACAGCUUCUAUAUCCGAUAUAGAUUUGAAUUUCCCGCCAGCAAAGAGAGCUGUGAAAUAUAUUCUUCGACCGCUGAACAAGCUUACGCAAACUGCAGUCUUGUUGAGUGAAACCUCGAGCAUUCAAACCACACCAGGGCAAACUGAUGAAGAUGAUAUAUCUUCGGCAACCUCCGUAUCUGAUAUAGAAGAUGAUCGAGAAGAAACCCCCGACCUUUUCCGACAUUCUACGCUUGGCAUGUUUGAGCCGAAUCAUGAGGAGGGAACGACUAGCGAAGAAGACUCGGAGGAAGACGAAGAGAUGUAUGAUGAUGAAUAUGAUGAAGAAAUGGAUUAUGAAGAGGAUAUGCCAGAAAAUGACGGAGAAGUUGUCAGUGAUGAAGAUGAGGAAGACAUGGAUGGGCGAGGGCCCCUUGAAGGUUUGCCUGGUGAUUCUGGUAUGGAUAUUGAAGUCCUCAUCGAAGGGGAUGACGAUGAUGAUGAAGAUGAUGACGACGAUGAUGAGGAUGACGAUGAUGAGGACGAUGAUGAGGACGAUGACGAUGACGAUGACGAUGACGAUGACGAUGAUGAAGAAGGCUCCUUGGCCAUGGACGACGAAUUGAUAGCAGGCGAAAUCACUGGGGACAAUGACAAUGAUAGCCUCCGAGAUGGAGACGAAGGUGAAUGGGAAAGCGAAGAUAUCUCGGACAAUGAGGAAGAGGAAGACGGAAUGGGAGAAGAACUUCACGACGAUCUGAUGGAUGACGAAAUGCAGGAUGAUCAAGAUGAAGAUGAGGAAGUAGAUGAGCUGGAAGGUUUGGACGAAAUUGAUGAGGACGAAGACCUAAUUCAGACCUUUGAUUUUGACCACCCACAUCGAUUCAUGCUGCACGACACCGACCCUGCAAUGGAUCAUAACCGCCACCAGCAUGGCCGAUUCCGUGGAAUACCUCCCCCCCCAUGGAGCAUGUUUUCUGGAGGCCUUAGUAAUCGUCAUGGUAUUAUACCCAUCCCUGGUUAUAGAACUCAUCGGACUCAAAUCCCCUCGCGCGGAAAUGACGAUGGGAGUAACCCGCUGCUACGUCGAAACGACCGCACUACAGAUGUUACACGUAGAUCCAGAGGUCCUCCCGAAGCUUUGAGUGACUGGGUCCACGCAAUCGACCCCAGCCAUCAGGGUCGACUCCUCUCGAUGGAUAGCCCGGUUACAUUCAUGAAUGCAAUUAUGCAAGCCCUGGGUCAAGGCGGCGGUAGCUUUGGUGUCGUUAGUCGUCCAGAUGGAGUCCAUGUUCGUCUUGACCAAGGCCACGUCUUCACCAAUCGUAUACAAGAUUUGUUUGGCCUUAGUCGACCACCAGCGACUACCACACGUCCUCGUGACGAUCCUUAUCAAGCAGUCACGUUUGUUCUAUCCACAACUUCCACUCGUUGGCAAGAAGAAGCACGUCUCUUGUUUAACAAUACUUACUUGGAGAAAGCCCAACGAGUUGUAAAUUCACUCCUCAAAGUACUUGUUCCCCCGGCUAUUGAAGAAGAAAAAGUCAGGCAGAGGCAAUUGGAGGAAGAGCUUUUGCGACGAGAGGAGGAGAGGGUCGAACGUGAGCGUCAAGAGCAAGUCGCGAAGGAAGAAGCCGAGCGCGAGAGAAAACGGAAGGAGGAGGAAGAAGAAGCGCUACGCCGACAACAAGAAGCUGAAAGAGCUGAGAGAGCAGCUGAAGAAAGUGCGCAGCAAGUCACUGGACACCCCGAAGGCGAGCCGAUGGACGACGUACAGCCUACCGAGUCGACACAAGAGCAAGUUGCUGCUCCAGCUGAAACAGAUCCUGCGGUGGCCGGCCCUUCAGAACCUGCGCCCCGCAUCCACACCACAAUCCGUGGUCGACAACUUGACAUUACCGGGAUGGACAUUGAUCCAGAGUAUUUGGAAGCACUUCCCGAAGAUAUCCGUGAAGAAGUCAUCAUGCAGCAACUCACCGAACAGAGAUCGCAGGCUGCAGCAUCCGGCGAAGAACCAAGUGAGAUAAACCCAGAGUUUCUGGAAGCGUUACCUCCUGAUAUCCGUGAAGAACUCCUGCAACAGGAGGUCGCUGAUCGUCGACGUCGUGAGCGGGAGGCGGCACGUCGAAAUGCCGCUGCAAAUGGUGGCCCAGCUGCUCCUGAUGACAUGGACCCUGCCAGCUUCAUUGCCACAUUGGAUCCUUCUCUAAGACAAACAGUGCUUGCCGAUCAGCCCGAAGAAAUUCUCGCGUCUCUUGGUCCUGAAUUUGUUUCGGAAGCCCGCGCGCUUACAGGCCGAAGGCUUGCUCAGUUUGGGGAUGUAAGCAGACUAGAUCAGAGCUCGCGACCUGAUACCACUCAACGUGAUCAAGGAGCUAAAAAACCACAACGCCGGCAAAUUGUCCAGAUGCUUGACAAGGCCGGUGUAGCUACCCUCCUCCGUCUCAUGUUCAUGCCCCUUCAGGGAAAUGCACGGCAUCAUAUAAAUGACAUCCUUCAUAAUGUCUGCCAAAAUCGCCAAAAUCGGUCGGAAGUGCUUAGCCUUUUACUUUUGAUUCUCCAGGAUGGAAGUGCGGACGUAUCUGCUGUGGAACGCAGUUUUGCUCAUCUAUCACUGCGAGCUAGGACCCCAACAGCGUCGCAGCGAACCCCGCAGUUGAAGCGGACAUUGUCAUUGCCGGUUCCUGGUACCAAUAACGACGUCACCCCGUUGGUUGUGAUCCAGCAAUGCUUGGGAGCUUUGUCGUUCCUCACUCAAUACAACCCCCAUAUCGCAUGGUUUUUCCUGACCGAACACGACACAGCAGCCGCUCUUAAAAUGAAAGCACUGAGGAAAGGAAAGGCCAAGGAAAGUAGAGCCUCUAAGUUUGCUAUAAACUCUCUCCUGUCCUUGCUUGAUCGCAAGUCAAUCAUGGAUAGCCCAAGUUGCAUGGAACAACUCUCUAGUCUCCUCAGCAGCAUUACUCAACCAUUAACUCUCCUCCUACGAAAAGACAAAGAGAAACAGGAGAAAGACGCCAAAGAGAAAGACACGCGAGGCGCUGAGGCCGCUGCUGAAAGCGCGCAACCUGUGCAACCUGUAGAGGCCACGUCCCAGGAAACAGAGGGUUCUCGUACUGCCGAUGAGCCAGCCCCGCGUUCCGAUACGAUGAUGCCUGAUGCUGCUUCCGCAGAGCAAGAGCAAGAUCGUCCGGAGGCCCAGGUUGUGGGAUCGCCUGCCGAAGAAAAGGCAGAAUCUUCAAAACCGGCUGAGGAGGAGAAACCAAAAAAACCUCGUAUUCCUGAGCCCCCUGUGGUGCCAGAGCACAAUCUUCAGUUAGUUGUUCGCAUUCUUGCUGCCCGAGAAUGUAAUGGCAAAACAUUCCGAGAAACACUUUCGACCAUCAACAACCUCUCUGCUAUCCCUGGAGCCAAAGAAGUUUUCGGUCAAGAAUUGAUUGCCCAGACACAGAGCCUCAGCAAUUCAAUCCUGGUUGAUCUCGAAGAACUUCUUCCCCACAUUAACCAGGCGGAGACUGGCAUCGAAGUGCAGGGUAUGGCACUUGCCAAAUUUUCUCCUGCUAGCUCUGAUCAAGCCAAACUACUCAGAGCUUUGACUGCCCUUGAUUAUCUAUUUGACCCAAAUAGGCUUGACAAGGAGAGGUGCAGCGAGCCCGAGUCGUCUAAUAACGAUGAAGUUUUGAAGACACUUUAUGAAGGUGCCACAUUCGGACCACUCUGGGCAAAGCUGAGCGAAUGCUUACAUGCCAUUCGACUGAAAGAGAACAUGCUCAAUGUUGCCACAAUACUUUUACCACUCAUAGAAUCACUUAUGGUUGUAUGCAAGAACACCACUUUGAAAGACUCUCUGCUACCAAGACAUGGACGGGAAUAUUCUGUUUCUAGUCCGCCGCCCGAUUCUGGGAUGGAAGCCCUAUUCUUCAACUUCACGGAAGAUCACCGCAAGAUUCUCAAUGAGCUUGUCCGCCAGAAUCCUAAGCUCAUGAGUGGCACGUUCUCCCUUUUAGUCAAGAACCCGAAGCUCUAUACGAAGGUCGUGUUCUUGAUUGCCCAUUUCAGCAGAGCCGUCUACAAGCGUAUCCUUGGCAAAUCCGUGUCUAUCAAAGAUAUGGAGACUCUUGAUCUUGAUUAUUACAAGUCUUUGCUCUGGAUGUUGGAGAACGAUAUUACUGACAUUCUUACUGAAAAUUUCUCCGUCGAGUCUGACGAUUUUGGCGAGAAGCAGACAAUUGAUUUGGUAGAAAAUGGUCGGAAUAUCCCUGUGACUCAGGAGAACAAGGAAGAAUAUGUACAACGCGUGGUCGAAUAUCGCCUAGUUGGUUCCGUCAAAGAUCAGUUGGACAAUUUCCUGAAAGGAUUCCAUGAUAUUAUCCCAGCCGAUCUUAUUGCUAUAUUUAACGAACAAGAACUAGAGCUCUUGAUUUCUGGACUUCCUGAAAUUGAUGUGGAUGACUGGAAGAAUAAUUCUGAAUACCAUAAUUACUCUGCGUCAUCACCACAGAUCCAAUGGUUCUGGCGCGCGGUACGAUCGUUUGACAAGGAAGAACGGGCCAAACUCCUCCAAUUCGUUUCUGGUACUAGUAAAGUUCCCCUCAAUGGCUUCAAAGAGCUUGAGGGCAUGAAUGGCUUCAGCAAAUUCAACAUUCAUCGAGACUAUGGGAAUAAGGACAGACUGCCUAGUUCCCAUACGUGUUUUAACCAGCUCGACUUGCCUGAAUAUGACAGCUAUGAAACCCUUCGACAGCGCCUUUACACAGCUAUGACUGCGGGCAGUGAAUAUUUCGGUUUCGCGUAA